CGUGCGCCUGUAUCACAUACGAGACAUUCCUUUAUCUCUCAAUUCAUAUCCCACACCACCCAUUUUCAUUAUCUCUCUAACUUCUCUCUCCAAUGUACAUAUGCAAGACAUUACUUUCUCUUCGUAUUUCACAUUUUCCUCUCUCUCCACCAUAAUUUACAGAUGCUUGUCUCUGUAUUAACCACCCAUUCCAUUCUCUCUCUAAGUUCUCUAGCUCCAUAUAUGUAAGACACACUCCCUCUCAUCAAUCUCUCUUUAUAUUUCACAGUAAGAGCUCAAUUGUCCAAUUUUCCAAUUCUCCUCCAUAAUUUACCGAUGCCUCUCUCUAACUUAGCUACUGCAUCUCCCCUUCCCUUCGUCUACCAAAACCCUAGAUUUUCAACCUUUCACGGCUUCCAUGGCCAAAACGCUAGCCCUAAAAUUCGCUCAGUUUUGAGCUCUCAGAGCACCAAGGACCCCCCUUCUUCUGAUACUUCACUCUUAGAGCGACGUCUUGAUACAAAUUUAUGUGACCCUCGGCAAUUCCCGUCCAUCCAAGCUUCGAAAAGGGUUGUUCUGGUAAGGCAUGGGCAAAGUACAUGGAAUGAAGAAGGUCGAAUUCAAGGGAGCUCUGAUAUCUCCGUGCUUACUCAGAAGGGGGAAUCUCAAGCUGAAACGUCUCGCCAAAUGCUCAUUGGUGAUAGCUUCGACGUUUGCUUUACCAGUCCCCUCAGUCGAUCAAAACGGACGGCUGAGAUUAUAUGGUUCUAUCGAAAGGAUGAGAUGAUUUCUGAACCUGACCUUAGGGAGAUCGACCUUUACUCAUUUCAAGGCCUUUUGAAACAUGAGGGAAAGUCAAAAUUUGGCAAUGCCUAUAGGCAAUGGCAAAUAGAUGCUGCAAAUUUUAACAUAGAUGGCCACUACCCAGUCAGGGAGCUAUGGGCACGUGCCCGUAAUUGUUGGGAUAAAAUUCUUAGGCAUAAUGGACGGUCUGUGCUAGUGGUUGCUCAUAAUGCUGUUAAUCAAGCUUUAGUCGCCACAGCGAUUGGGUUACAUUUUCAUUUAUUACUUGCAAAUGAUUGUGGCAUUUCUGCCAUUUAUGUUAAUCAGCAAAAUAGUGAUAGCACUCCUACAAUAUGCUUGCAGACCCCAAAUCCCCCUAUUGCUCCAGGAAGUUCAGGAGGUAGAAAAACUAAUAAGCGGAUUAUACUUGUCUGUCAUGGAACUCUUCAGAGCACGGCCGAGGGUCUUGUUCCUGCUUUAGGAAUUCCUGCUUUAGGAAACGAGUCCAUGAACAUGCUUGGAGUCAUACAGUCCCAGAAAACUGCAGAACUCCUUUUGGAUUUGAAGGUGAAUACCAUAAUAUGUGGUCCUUAUAUAGCUGCUUCUGAUACAGCUUCCGCAAUAUGCAAGGUGCAAGAAGCUGCAGACUGCUUGGGAGCAGAUUGUGUUCCCCGGUAUGUGGAGAUAAAGCAGAUGAAAGACCUCGAAUAUUUGCCAUUUCAUUCAGCAGAGUACGAAAUUGCGUAUAAAAGUUCUGAGGAAGAAGGUGCCUCAGGAUUGUUGUGGGAGAAGGCUGGGAAUGCUUGGCUGUCUAUUCUAACUCAUUUAAGGGAUGAACCUGAAUCAGAAAACAACAUUGUGGUGGUUGGUCAUCCAUUGAUGAAUAUUGCAUUGAUAGGACGCUGCCUUAACCUCAGAAAAGAUUGGAUGAAACACUUCCAUUUGGAUUAUGGUAGCAUCAGUGUUCUAGACUUUCCUGAUGGACCGGCCGGGAAAGGCCUAAUCAGGUGCACAAAUUACACGGCCCACCUCGGGAGGUGGUCCGUUCCAGUAACCAGAUCGGCAUCUGAAGAUGAUGAAUUCUAGCUGUAGGUUUACGUAUAUUUUUGUUUGCCUUGAUGAGCCACAUCAUUAUUACCAAACUUACAGGUUUGUUGAAAUGAGAGUGUAUUAUGGGGUAUCUGGAGAAAAAUAUUGUAUAGUCCCUCGUUGUAACUUGAAAAAAUGUGAGAGGGAGACCUGAACAAAGGGAAAAGAUUCUACGACAGAAGCUGAGCUAUUUUUAGCCGUUGGACGUGAAAUGGAAUAGAUUGUGAAAUUCAAUGGAUUGAAUUGUACCACAACACUAGGGAAAUUUUAUUUUGGACUUUGUCUAAUUAAUGACA